AUGGGUCGGGUCUCGAUACCCGGACCACGAGGCCUCCCGCUCUUUGGUAGCUUAUUCAGCUUGAGCCAUGCCCUGCCUCAUCGUACCUUGGCUUGCAUGGCUUCUAGCCAUGCAGCCACUAAACUCAUGGCCUUCAGUUUGGGCUCAACCCCUGCUGUAAUCACUUCUGACCCUAAUAUUGCUAAAGAAAUCUUAACCUCUUCCCACUUCGCCGACCGCCCUAUUAAGCAAUCUGCUAAGUGCCUCAUGUUCAGCCGCGCUAUUGGUUUUGCACCAAAUGGAUCAUACUGGAGACUUCUGAGAAAAAUUGCAUCCGUUCACCUCUUCACUCCUAAACGCAUUGCCGCACACGAAGAUGGACGACAGUUUGAUUGUGCCACCAUGUUGAAUUCUAUUCAUAAUGAACAGACUCUUUGUGGAGUUGUUGGUCUAAGAAAACAUCUACAAGCUGCUGCUCUAAACAAUAUCAUGGGCACGGUGUUUGGUAAGAGGUAUUAUGUUGCAUGCAAUAAUGCGGAAGCCAGAGAGUUGCAUGAGAUUGUUAGAGAAGGGUUCGAGCUUUUGGGAGCCUUCAAUUGGUCUGAUUAUCUCCCAUGGCUGAGCAGCUUUUAUGAUCCUUUUCGUAUUAAAAAUCGAUGUGCCUCGCUUGUUCCUCGAGUUAGAAAAGUGGUUGUGGAAAUUAUUGAGGAGCACAGACUUGAUAAAUUUGAAAGGGUUCGUGAUAACUCCGAUUUUGUUGAUGUCUUGCUUUCUUUGGAUGGAGAGGAGAAGCUUGAGCUGGAUGACAUGGUGGCCGUCUUAUGGGAAAUGAUAUUCCGUGGAACUGAUACGACUGCCCUUUUGACUGAGUGGGUCAUGGCUGAGUUGGUUUUGAACUCGGAUGUGCAAGCCAAACUUCGCCAUGAACUUGGCCUAGUUGUGGGAAAGAAAGUUCUCACAGAAGCAGAUGUGGCCAACUUACCCUAUCUCCGAGCUGUGGUUAACGAGACUCUACGUCUACACCCACCUGGGCCCCUCCUAUCGUGGGCCCGGCUGUCAACGUCGGAUGUCCAACUCAGCAACGGCAUGGUGGUCCCUGCAAACACCACCGUGAUGGUCAACAUGUGGGCCAUCACCCAUGAUCCAAACAUAUGGGAAGAGCCCUUGGUGUUCAAGCCAGAAAGGUUCUUGAAGAGUGAGGGUGGUGCUGACAUGGACGUGAGGGGAGGGGACCUUAGGCUUGCACCAUUUGGAGCAGGUCGUAGGGUUUGUCCUGGUAAAACCCUAGGGCUCGUGACAGUGAGCCUUUGGGUGGCUAAGUUGGUGCACCAUUUCAAUUGGGUUGAAGAUGUGGCUAGUAACCCGGUUGAUCUAAGUGAGGUGUUGAAGCUUUCAUGUGAGAUGAAGAACCCUCUCACUGCUGUGGCUGUUCGAAAUGAAGGAGUGACUUUCAAGUGA